AUUGUGAAGGAGGGGAGAAAGCAACAUAGGCAGCGUGGUCGUGAUAAUGGACGGACUACUCGCGUUUCGAUUGUUCUUUCUAAUAGUUUUUGCUUUAUGCGGAUAUGUUAUCUGUGGCACGAGUCAGGACGCGCCGCAAUUUCGAAAAUUGGAAAUAUACGAUGGUGUAUACGCAAAAAUUCCAGAUGAAACAAAUAAUACUACUAAAACUUUGAUAUCAUUUGAAGUGAAUCUCAACAGGGAUGCCGAAACAGGUCGUGGAAAACAGAAAAAACUCCUAGAACGCAUUCUACCUAUGUUUGUGCUACCAUUUUUAAUUCAGUCUACGAUAAUACCAUUAUUCCUAGGUGUUUUGAAAUUCAUGCUUUUCAAAUCACUGAUUAUUGGAAAGCUGGCGUUGGUUUUGAUUAUCAUAAAUGCAUUUAAAAAUGGAAAUUCCUUCAAAGGGCGAGAUGCAGAUAUAGCCUCAUUGCAUUAUGGGUAUAAGGGACAUCGAAUGGAAGAAUAUGGUUCCUAUUUUAAUACAUAAAUAAUUAAUUUAAUUCUAUCCAAAUUAUAAACACAUGUAAAUUUUGCACGUACAACAAAAUGUUGAAAAUGUAAUUCAUGGAAAAUCAAAUUAUUAUUCUCCAAAGUUUUUAAUCAUUUUAUUUGAUUUUCCAUGUCAGCAUAAGCAUAUCAGUAUACCUAAGCAUUGUCUUUGACUUUCUAUAUCAGAAUUUGCCCUAAAAAAAAUUUAUUUAAGUUAUGUAAAUUCCACUUCCUAUUUCAACAUUUUAUUUAGACACAUAAUUCCAAAUAAUAUACAGUGAAUACAAUAAGGCGGUCUGAUUCAAAAUACGAAACGCGUCUGAAAUUAUAUAUAAAGAUUGUUUUAUUGUUAUAAAUAUAACAAAAAAUAAUGCAUGCAAACUGUAUGAAAGUGAAUUUCAUUUUAUUUAGCAGCUUCACGGUGCACUAACGAUACAUUAAUACAUAACAUGUUUUGAGUGUUGCUAAACGUGCACCGUGAAAAACAUAAACUGUUAUUCUUAAAGAAUAUAUUACUUUAAUAGAAACAAUGAAUAUUGUUAACGAUCAUUAUUUUUACGAGAUACCAUACCGCCUUCAAACUGAAAUAACAGUUAAUGCGAAAGGGAAGGAAAUAGCUUUCAAAUAAAGAUAAUAGUCAGAAUUUGUGCAUUCUAAGAUAAUGAACCCAAAAAAUGCAGUCGAAUU